AUGCCUGUUCAGUUGUUGAAGAUCACUGAAGGACAAUCUGAGACUCCACUGCCAAGCCAUUUGCAGAAGAAGGAUUUGAAACAUUUGGAAGAAGGCUGUGAUCAUGCCGACAAAUACAUUCAGGGAGUAGCUGUUCUUUCCUACCCAUUAAUGAAACUUGGAGAUGGGACAGACUUUCUCAAGGUUGUUCUUCAAGAUUUGGAUAACUUGUGCUCACGGAUCAACAGCAUCAAUAUUUUAAUAUAUGGGAAAAUGGCAGAGGAUUGUGCAAAAGUUAUGCGCCAUGGGGACAUCUUCGUAGUUGCAGGAUUUAAGGUGAAUAACUCACCUACAGCCAGAGAGGAUGGUAGACAUCGUUGUCACCUGGAGGUAUCUGAAGAAGCUGGAUCUGCCAUUUAUAUUUACACUAAAUCAAGAAAAACUGCUGCUUCAGAAACGGCAUCUAUGUUUGUUGCACCAAAAUAUGUGUAUACUCCCCUGAACCAUCUUAAAGACGGAACUAUAGUGAAUUUGUAUGGUGUUGUGAAAUUUUUCAAACCUCCAUAUAUCAGCAAAGGAACUGAUUAUUGCUCAGUUGUAACACUUGUGGACCCAUCAAAUGUGAAGUUAACGUGCACUCUUUUUAAUGGAAAUCUAGAUUCCCUGCCAAAAAUUUACAAAAUUGGAGAUAUUGUUCGAUUUCAUAGAAUCAAGAUCAGGGAAUACAAUGGACAGAUGCAGGGAAUUACCAGUGGGGGAUUUGCAUCCUUGACAUUUGAUGGAAAUGCAGGAGCGCCAAUAGUUCCUCGAACUUCGAGUAAGGUGUACACUUUCAUGGAUGAAGAACAGAAAACCAUAGAAGAAUUGCGUCUUUGGGCAGCCAGUAAUAUUUCCAUCUCUGGACCAGCAGCAAAAUUGUCUUGUGUUCAGCCAAUGCUGUACUUUGAUCUCACUUGCCAGCUGGUAGGAAAAGCAAAAGUGGAUGGAUCUUCUUUUCUUCUAAAGGUAUGGGAUGGCACAAAAUGUCCCUAUCCAACAUGGAAGGUGCCUGUGGAAGCAGAAGACCUGGAAGGAGAGAAAGCUCUUCUUCAUCAGCUGAGAAAUCUAACAGUGGACAUUCUGGUCUAUGAUAACCAUGUACAACUAGCAAAAUCACUUAAGAUUGGAAGUUUUCUGAGAAUUUACAGUCUUCACACGAAACAAGCAAGUGCUGACAGCGAGGAUGUCUCACAUAUAGAAUUUCAUCUUCAUGGUGGCACCGGUUACGGUCGAGGAAUAGGAGUCUUACCAGAAAGUAACCCAGAUGUUAAGGAACUGAAAGUAUGCUUAGAAUCUGUGGAUCAGGCAGGCAGUCAGAAUAUGGAAAGCACAGCUUCACUGGAAUUUGACGACACUUUUAGCAAUGUUACAGAUCUUGAAUCACACUUACAGAGAUGUCAGCAGUUGCCUGUUACAGUAUUAACAGAUCAUCAGGAUUUGAGUAACACAGAACUGAAAACCAUUGUGAGCAGCACAGCUCCUCAGCAGUAUCGCAUCAGAGCAAAGCUGAGAACUUACAAGCCCCAGAAGCUUCAUCAGUCUGUUAAACUUCAUUGCUCCAAAUGCAACUCUUUGCAAGAAGUUCCAGAUGCAGAUGGCUUUGACUUGAUUUUACAAGGCUCUGCCAUUACUGCCCCAAACCCAGAACUGCACAAUACAUCCUGGUAUGAUUCUGUAAUGUGGACUACACAAGACCAGAAACAAAGGAAAAUAGCUAUCCAUUUUGUAAAGCAUGAUGAAAUGCUUCAACAGCCUGAAGAUACCUUGCUUAUGAUAGAAGGUGGAACACUGAAAGAAAUCUGGAAGCUUACAAAAAGGUUUAAUUGUGUUAUUCCUGUGAGAUCCACAGAAGAUGAUCUUGAAUUAUUAGAUCUUUCAGCUCCUUUUCUUUUACAAGGGAACGUAAAAUAUUAUGGGUGCAAGCAGUGUUCAACUCCAAAGCCUCUCAGGAAUCUAAGUUCCAUUGCAGCAGAACAGCGACCGUCGUGGGAACCAGCUGAAAUAGCACAAGUUUUAGGAAUUGAACUGCUCCAGUAUGUUUUUGUUAUGAAGUUUACACUGGUUGAUGGAACAGGAGCACUAAAUGCAUACCUUUUUGAUCAUGAGAAGUUUUUCCAAAUUCCUGCCUCUGAAAUCUUAACUAACAAUUUUCUUCAGGAAAAGAUGCAGAUGACCAUGAAUACACUCUGUCCUCCAGGAAAAAAAUUAGAUGACUUGCCAUGGCUGGAAUGCUUCAUCAAGUCCUAUAACGUCAGAGAUGCAAUAAAACAGCAAGUUUAUUACCAAAUUUUUGACACUACAGUUGCUGAAGAUGUAGUGUAG